GCAGAUCCGUGAUGGUAUGUGCUGGAUUGAUACUCAUCAUCUUUGCCUUCCUGGGAAAGUUAGGUGCUGCUUUCGCAUCUGUACCCGAUCCAGUUCUAGGAGGUGUCAUCAUCAUCAUCUGUGGCCUGCUCGUCUCAAUAGGAUUUUCCACUUUACGUUAUGUUAAUUUGGGCUCGUCCAGAAACCUGACAAUUCUGGGGUUGUCAUUCUUUGUCGGUGUUUUCCUGCCAGAAUGGAUAGGCAGGCACCCUGAUGUUAUAAAUACAGGAAACACAGAGGCAGAUGCGGUUCUCAAAGUUACUCUAGGAACACACAUGUUCGUUGGUGGUAUGGUCGCGAUGAUUCUUGACAAUAUUGUGAAAGGCACACUUGAAGACAGAGGAAUUGCAAUGUGGCGAAAGCGUCAUGAAAAUGACUCUUGUCCUCAAAAAGAGAACGAAUACUCAAGCUUGACUCCUUCCUCAGUUGCAUAUGGGUGGUACUGUGUACCACGUCUGUACAAGAAGAUAAAAAUCAUCUCAUAUCUUCCCUUCAUGCCACCAAGACCGAGAAGGGGACCCAGUGAAUCAACAUCUGCUCUCGACUAAGACAUCCUGUUGUUGUGCAUUCACAUCCUCGAUAAUCCCCAGGGUAUACGUUCCGAUAAAUCUCCACUAGUACCCUGGAUGUAU